GAAUUUACAGAAACUGAUUGAUGAAAUUCUUAUUGCCCAAAAAAAGAAAAGAAAAAGAAAAUAACAGACGCAAACCAGAGCGCGAAAAGAGCGAAGCAAUGUUAACGAUACGCCGCUUCCACUCAUCAAUGGCAUCGUCGCUCUCUCUCUGUCUCUCCACAGCGCAUCCACGGCGGUUCAAACGCUCAAACACAGUCUUCACUACCCCCGCCUCUACUCUUCUUUACCCUAGAACUUCUUGUCUCUCUUUCCGUUCCAAUUCUCAGAGCUCUACCGAUUUCACUGACCCAGCGGUUCCCCAGUAUUCCUCAAAACAGAGCCCUUUGAAACCUGGCUUGUAUCUGGUGGGAACUCCAAUUGGAAACCUUGAAGACAUUACGUUACGAGCGCUGCGUGUGUUAAAAUCUGCCGAUGUGAUACUCUCUGAAGAUACAAGGCAUUCAGGGAAUUUGCUUCAGCAUUACAAUAUCAAAACUCCACUUCUGAGUUUUCAUAAAUUCAAUGAGUCGCAAAGAGAACAUGCAGUUCUAAAGAAAUUAAGAGAAGGGGAAAUUGUGGCUCAAAUCAGUGAUGCAGGCACUCCGGGCAUCAGUGAUCCGGGUAUGGCAUUGGUAAAACUAUGUGUAAAUGAAAAGAUUCCUGUUAUUCCUAUUCCUGGACCUUCUGCUUUGGUAGCGGGACUUUCUGCCUCAGGUUUGGCCACUGAUGAAUUCACAUUCGUUGGGUUUCUGCCUAAACACGCCGGAUCAAGAAGAGAGAGGCUGAUUGUUGCCGCAAAUGAAACAGCAACGCAGAUAUUCUUUGUUCCUCCACAUAAGCUGUGCCAAUUCAUUGAAGAUGCUUCUUCUUCUUUCGGUGAGCAGAGACAAUGCGUUAUUGCUCGAGAGAUGACAAAAAUACAUGAAGAGUUUUGGCGUGGUACUUUGGGAGGAGCAAAAGAGGCAUUCUCAACUCGCCAACCAAAGGGUGAAAUCACUUUCUUAAUUGAAGGAAAAGCAAAUGUGGUUGAAACUCCAUCUGAAUCACAACUUGAGAACGAACUGAGAGAGUUGAUCUCUGUAGGGCAUAGCUUAUCUGAGGCAGUCAAGUUGGUAGCCAGUGGAACAUCUGUGAGAAGAAAAGUGGUAUAUUCACUUGCACUACGGAAAUUUGGGAAGCAAGUUGAUGUGGAGGAAGAUUGAUGCAGAUUAUCCUGUAAUUACUCGUUGCUGGUUGUACAGUUGACAUGGAUUUGAGUUGCGGUACCCCAGAGCAAGUGGGAUUUAGACAUGGUCCAGUUGAUUUAUUGCUAACUCCUUGGAUUCCCCCUCCUUUUCAGUCCAUUUUCAUCCAGAUUUAUACACGUCAGCAAAGAAUGGGGUGUCGACACUAUAGAGAAGUAAAGCAUGGAUUGUUGCACUUAAAUGCCAAGGGGAGAAGCAGAACAAAAUUAUGCUGUUUUUCUAUGUUGCCCCUCGUUGGUUUUGGAGCAUCGAUGCCCCCUGAAUUGUGGACCGUUAGAUUAGAGUGUAGCCAGAUCACAGCCUUUCACCGAUACCAUUAUAACUACUAGUACUAAUUAGAAAUCGAAGACUGGAGAAUAAGGAUGAAGUACAGAAGAUACGCAAACCUAGGAUUGAGCCAUCUGUUACUCGAUAAGCAACCAGCUUCAGAAAAUACUAGUGUUCUUUUGUAUUAAGGUUCUCAUGCUUUUGUAUCCAUCCGUUACUCGAUAAGCAACCAGCUUCAGAAAAUAUAGGCACGAGGUAACUGGCGUUGAGCCAAACUCGAUAAAGGCUCGAGUAACCAGUAUUAAUGUUUCGGUUUUACAAUCUAAACUUUUAAAUUUCUUGGGAAUAGAGAUUUUUUUUAAAAAU